UCCAAAUGCGGUCACUCUGAUGACAAAUCAUAUUUGCGCGUACAAUAUUAAAAAACUAGGAAAAAGUCUACAUAUGCAUAUGUAUAUUUAAUUUAGUUUUGUUUUUGUCUAAAACCCAAUAUGAUUAUCACAGUUAAAAACCUUCAACAGCAAACUUUUACAAUUGAGUUUGCACCGGAAAAAACGGUUUUGGAGCUUAAGAAGAAAAUAUACGACGAGCGCGGUGCAGAGUAUGUGGCCGAGAAGCAAAAGCUUAUUUAUGCUGGCGUUAUACUAACGGAUGAGCGUACUGUUGGAUCAUACAAUGUUGAUGAAAAAAAGUUCAUAGUCGUAAUGUUGACUCGCGAUUCAUCCGGUUCAAAACCCAAUCUAAAUCGCACGAAGGAAUCUGACAAAAUGACAGACACCAACUCUUCAAAGGAUACCUUAGCUCCCGAGAAAGUCAGUACUAGUAGCACCACUGCUACUACGAAUGCGGAAGAGUUACCAUUAGUUGUUUCAAGUGAGACAACUGUUCCAAGACCUAUAUCUAGUAACGACUUAGUUGGCGAGUUAGCGAAUGCAUCUUUACAAUCCCGCGCUGAAUCCAACUUGCUUAUGGGUGACGAGUAUAAUCAAACCGUUUUGUCAAUGGUGGAAAUGGGUUACCCACGGGAGCAGGUGGAGCGUGCGAUGGCCGCCAGCUAUAAUAACCCAGAAAGAGCCGUUGAGUACCUCAUUAAUGGCUUACCAGUGGAGGAAGAAGCCAUAUUUAAUGUCGUUGAUGACCCAUCAACUCCUAGUGUAAUUACUACCGGACCGCAAAAUGUGUCUGCACCAUCUGCCGAUCGUCCAUCAGAAUCCAAUUCAGAUCCUUUCGAGUUUUUACGAAGCCAACCCCAGUUUCUUCAAAUGCGGUCUUUAAUAUAUCAAAAUCCUCAUCUUUUACAUGCAGUUUUGCAGCAGAUUGGUCAGACAAAUCCGGCUCUUUUACAACUAAUUUCGGAGAACCAGGAUGCGUUUCUUAAUAUGCUAAAUCAACCUAUUGAAAGUGAAUCAGAAUCAAAUGAUACUGUACCACGAGCUUCGAAUGCUCGUACGCAGCCGACUUCUGCUCAGAUUGGAAGCCUAUUUUCGUCAGAGUUGGAAGGAGCUGUUGCUGCACAAAGGACAACCGCAGGCUCAAGUGUGUUGCAGAGAGGAGACAAUGCUGCGGAAAACGACGAAAUUGAACAAACUUCAGGAGUCUCAACCAUUCGUCUUAACCCACAAGACCAGGACGCAAUAGAACGGCUAAAAGCACUUGGAUUCCCAGAGGCACUUGUACUGCAAGCUUACUUCGCGUGUGAAAAGGAUGAAGAACUAGCAGCUAAUUUCUUGCUUUCGUCUAGCUUUGAUGAUUAGGUUGGCCAAAUGUAAAAAGUUAUAUAUAUACUAUAUACCGAAAUCGUUACAAAUAAAAUUAGAAGUUCUAAAACCAAA